AUGGAGGAUCUCUCGGAUCUUGGAGGCCGCGGCCACCCAGGUGCUGCCAGGCGGCCCACGGCGCCAUCAUUUCCGUCCUCUUCUAAAGUCUCCGUGCAAGUCUACACCGUCCCAAGCAGCUCAGCUGCCGGCGGUGAAGCAGCCCGAGCUCAAGGUGUUGCACUUGCACCAAUGAUCCAUGCGUCUAGCGUCGGUGAUCAUGGCGGCCGCGUUGCUGAUCUAGAUCCCAUGAAGGCCAAGAUCGUCUCCCACCCUCGCUACCACCGCCUGCUCACCGCCUUCUUGGACUGCCACAAGGCACGCGCGCCCAUCGAUGACCCUUAG